AUGCGGAUCAUCCGUGCCAUCGUGGCAGGCGAACGGGAUCCGGAUGUGUUGGCAUCCCUCCGCGACGUCCGCUGUCAUUCAUCGGUUGAGACAAUCCGCGCAUCGUUGGUCGGUUAUAACCGGGACGAACAUAUCUUCGCCCUGACCCAGUCAUUGGAGCUCUAUGACUUCUACCAAAAGAAAAUGCUGGAAUGCUACCGUAAGCUGGAGGCGGCCAUCUCGGCCUUGACGAUUCGUGCUGAACAGCAGCUGCCGCCCCUGCCGAAGUCAAGGAUAAAGACUAAGCAGGUAAAUGCGCCGUCCUUUGAUGUUCGAGCCGCCCUUUAUGAGGUUCUCGGCGUUGAUCUGACCCAAAUCCAUGACCUCGGUCCUUCACUUGCGCUCAAGCUGAUCGGGGAAUGCGGCGCAAAUCUGCGGGCAUGGCCGAGCGCCAAGCACUUCACGUCUUGGCUGUGCCUCGUACAAGGCAACAAGAUCUCGGGUGGCAAGCUUCUCUCAUCACGGACGAGCCGAUCUUCCAGUCGAGCCGCGGCACUGCUGCGAUUGGCCGCCGUCACGAUCGAGCGAAGUGAUACGGCGUUAGGCGCGUUCUAUCGCCGCCUCGCAGCGCGGAUCGGAAAGCAGAAGGCGGUCACGGCAACCGCUCGCAAGAUCGCUGUCCUCUUCUACAACACCUUGCGCAUCGGCAUGACUUAUCGCGAUCCCGGUGCAGUGGCCUAUGACGAGUGGCAUCGAGGCCGUGUGCUUGCCAAUCUCCAACGCCACGCCAAGACGCUCGGAUAUUCCUUGGCGCCAAUGCGUGAUGCCGAGUGUGUUUCUUAG